CUCCGGCGGGGCUGACCCUGACACCCCGUAGCUGAGCCGGGGGCGCGCGAGCCGGGGGCGCGCGAGCCGGGGGCGCGCGCGGCGAGGGCUUAGCGGCUCAGCCCGGCUCCCCGCCCGCCAGCCCGAACCCCUGUGACUCCGGGCCGGGAUCCCGCCCGCCAGCCGGCUGGCCCCCUCGUAGGGGACGUGCUCCUGACCCGCGCCUGCGACCAGGAGGACGCGCAGCCAUGGGCCGCCUGGCCGGGAGUGCGGCGGCGCUGCUGCUCGGGCUGCUCGUGGAGUGCACAGAGGCCAAAAAGCAUUGCUGGUAUUUUGAAGGACUCUAUCCAACCUAUUACAUAUGCCGCCCCUACGAGGACUGCUGUGGUUCCAGGUGCUGCGUGCGGGCCCUCUCCAUCCAGAGGCUCUGGUAUUUUUGGUUCCUCCUGAUGAUGGGCGUGCUCUUCUGCUGUGGAGCCGGCUUCUUCAUCCGGAGGCGCAUGUACCCCCCGCCGCUGAUCGAGGAGCCGGCGUUCAACGUGUCCUACACCAGGCAGCCCCCGAACCCCACUCCAGGAGCCCAGCAGCUGGGGCUGCCGUUUUACACCGACCCUGGAGGACCAGGGGUGAAUCCUGCUGGGAACCCUGUGGCGAUGGCUUUCCAGGUCCAACCCAACUCACCCCAGGGAAGCAUGGCCUACCCACCGCCCCCUUCCUACUGCAACACGCCACCGCCCCCAUAUGAACAGGUGGUGAAGGCCAAGUAGCCGGGAGCGGCCUGGCACCUGCCUGUGCAACUGGCCGGGGAGGCCGGGGGAGGCUGUCACCCGCCCUCCCUGGCGCCCCAUCACUGUUCACCUCCAGGAAUGGUCUUCUGAGCCACUAAGGGCAAAUUCCUUUCCGAUAUCUUCAAAGCAAGCACAGCUUCCUUUCAAGCUUUCCUUGGAGGACCAGUAUUUGAAUUCACCCCGUGUCUCCUCUGUUGCUUCUGUUUCCAAUGUCAUCUGUGCUCUGGCCGAGUGGACAGUCCCGAGGGUUGACCCCCAAGGGUGGCGCACCCAGACCCUCAGGGGAGAGACCCCGGCAGAAGGUGAGGCAGGGCGCGUGCAGGUGAGUACGCGCGAACGCGAGGAGGGGCCCAGGGCGCCCGGAAGGCCCCCCACACGGCAGGUGGCCCGUCUGAAAUGAGGCACCACAGGGCCAGCUGUGUGAGCCCCUUGCCCGUCAGUCUUCCUCUUCCAAAGGCUCUCAGAGAAACAGGCGUGGGCAGCGCAGCCUCGGAGCCCUCGCUUCUCCAUCCCCUUCCUGAAGACCAGAGCUGCCCUCUGCACAGCCAGGGCGGGGAGAGCCCUGGGCACGGCUUGCACCUCAAGGAGAUGGGGAUCCAGAGUCAGGCCAAGCCGCUGUCUAUAGUUACCUGAAAGUCACUAAGGAACGUUAUUUAAAUUCAUGGGAAAUUGCCCCCUGCCUCCAACCGGACAUUGUGUUUGAUGAGCUCUUGGUCUGACUUGGGGAAAAAAGUGUUCGAGCCCUUUUCAGUGUGUCCUGUGGAAGGUGGCGUGGAGUCCUGUCCUGAGGUCAGACUCGGAGUCUUUCCUGGACAUCGGCAGCUCUCUGGCCUGGGAUCACGGCCAGGCAGCUCUGCGCCCUCCCCUGAGGUAGCUCUGACGGUGCGUUGUGAUGGACGCUUUCAAAGCAGACAGGCACAUCCGGCUGGGAAGCCACGUCAGCCUCUGGAGAGAGGUGUCCCAGCAGGGCGCAGUCAGUGGCUCGAGCCUGGGUUGGGCAGGCCUGGGCCCUGGCUGGUUGGCCUCAGCAGGUGUACGCCGGGCUCCGAACAGGAGGAGCUUGCUAAGAAAGAGACGGGAACGCAAGACCCCAGGACUGCAGAGCGAUCUCUUCAGAAAGGGCUGAACAGAUUUCACUGAUGAUGAGUUCAUCAAAAUUAGAAUAAAGAAGAUCUGGUUGGAAACGCAAAGCCUGGCUCAGAAACCUCUCUGGCCCUGGGAUCACAGGUAGUCCUGGGGUUGUCAGGGGGCCGGGGUCCUGUUCCUCUGCGUAGCGAGUACUGCCCACGAUCGCGUAUUUAAACCCAGAGUGAGCCCUGACAGGUCACGUACAGGAAGGGCAAAGCCGCGUAGCCGAGACAUGUAGAUCCCUGUAUAUGUAGUGGUGGGGUGAAGUGCUUUUUUUUUUUUUUUUUUUUUUUUUUGCGGUACGCGGGCCUCUCACUGUUGCGGCCUCUCCCGUUGCGGAGCACAGGCUCCGGACACGCAGGUUCAGCGGCCACGGCU